CAUGACGUCACACUAUCCGCCCCACGACCAGCUUCCUCGUGAGUGACCGACCACUCUAGAAUUUAGCGAUACCUACCGAGUGCUUCACCGCUCUGUUAUCAGAACGCUGUGCAACAGGCUAACAAAUUCGGAAAGGCGGACACAUCCUCAUUCGGGAGGAGAGGUGAUGAGGAGAUCAACAAACACAUUUGCAGACAUGAUGAACAUACCAGAAUACUAUGCAGGGAAAAAUGUGCUGAUCACUGGAGCAACUGGCUUCAUGGGAAAGGUAUUGCUGGAGAAGCUGCUAAGGUCAUGCCCAGGAAUUAAUGCUGCCUAUGUGAUGGUCCGGUCAAAAGCUGGCCAGGGCCCUCAGACACGUAUUGCUGACAUGAUCAGCAGCAAGUUGUUCGAAAGGUUACAAGAUGAGCAGCCAUGCUUUGCAGAGAAGAUCAUUGCAGUCAGCAGUGACCUCACAAAACCAGAACUGGAUCUGAGUAAGGAGAAUCAAAGUUUACUGGCUGAAACCAUCAACAUUGUCUUCCACUGUGCCGCCACCAUUCGCUUCAAUGAGCCACUGAAAGAUGCAAUGCAGUUGAAUGUCUUGGCAACUCAGAAGAUGCUCGCUCUGGCCCAUAAGAUGAAGCAUCUAGAAAUCUUCAUCCACGUAUCCACAGCCUAUGCCAACUGUGAUCGAGAGCUCAUUGAGGAAAUGGUCUAUCCUCCCCCAGUAGAGUACGUCAAACUCAUCGAUGCUCUGGAUUGGAUGGACGAUGAAUUGGUGUCCGCACUGACUCCCAAACUGAUUGGUCAGCGACCCAACACUUACACUUAUACAAAAGCCUUAGCUGAGUAUCUUGUGCAGCAGGAGGCCGCUGACCUCAAUGUUGCUAUUGUCAGGCCUUCCAUCGUUGGUGCCAGCUGGAAAGAACCUUUUCCCGGUUGGAUUGAUAAUUUCAAUGGACCAAGUGGAAUAUUCAUUGCAGCUGGUAAAGGGAUACUACGUACAAUGAGAGCAUCUAAUGAUGCAGUCGCUGACUUGGUGCCUGUAGAUGUAGUCAUCAAUGCUACGCUGGCUGCAGCCUGCUAUUCUGGAUCGCAACAAAAGAACAGGCCCAAAUCCAUCCUGGUUUACAACUGCACAACCGGUGGCAUCAACCCAUUUCGCUGGGGAGAAGUUGAAUACCAUGUAAUAUCUACUUUCAAGAGGAACCCUCUCGAGCAGGCUUUCCGUCGGCCGAAUGUUAAUCUCACAUCCAAUCGCCUAAUCAAUCAGUACUGGAUUGCUGUGAGCCACAAAGCUCCAGCCUUCUUGUAUGAUGUGUACCUCAGGCUGAUUGGACGAGAACCCAGGAUGAUGAAGACAAUCACUCGCCUUCAUAAAGCCAUGAUGGUGCUGGAAUAUUUUACUAGUCACUCCUGGGUGUGGAGCACAGACAACAUAGCCAUGUUGAUGGCCAACAUGAACCCUGAGGAUAAAAAGGUGUUCAAUUUUGACGUGCGCCAGCUGAACUGGGCAGAGUACAUGGAAAAUUACUGCAUGGGCACAAAAAAAUAUGUCCUCAACGAAGAGCUUUCAGGCCUGCCCGCUGCACGCAAACACCUCAACAAGCUGAGGAAUAUCCGCUACACUUUCAACACCAUCCUAGUGGUGCUCAUCUGGCGUAUUUUCAUUGCCCGAUCACAGAUGGCUCGAAAUAUCUGGUACUUUGUCGUGAGCCUCUGCUUUAAGUUUCUUUCCUACUUCCGAGCCUCUUCCACCAUUAAAUAAUGACCCAGAGUCCCUGUUGAGGGCGGCAAGGUGGAGAAACACAAACAUGAAAAUAUACUGGCUGUGGAUGUUUACAGAAACGUGCAUGUCUAUUCCAUUGGUUGUGUGUCCCCCCUGGGUCCUAGAAAAAUAGCGGCGCUUUCAAAGCAAUUAUACUUGGUGAUCAUCCAUUAAAUACGGUUGGCGUCUAGAAUGCACAACUUCAAUGUUGCAAAUCUUUGAUUUUUAUAUUCUAAUAUGACCAUCAAAUCAAUUCAACCACCCCUUCAUGUUUUGUGUACUUGCCCGACUACCUAAUAACAAACACACUGCUAGUU